AUCUCGACCGAUGAGACCAUCGCCUCAGUGAGGCAAGUCGAUACCCAACUCCGAUUGGCUCUGCCACAAAAGCCUCAAGUUUUGGAAGAAGCAGUGCAGGUAGCUGUGCGUAGGGACCUACGGUACAUGUCGCUCGAGGAUGUUCGUCAGAGAAAAGUUGAAGCCGAUAGUCCCUAUCUCCUGGAUCUCAAAAAUUUCCUAUGGAACGUCCUCCGGAACAAAACGUCGGACGUCAUCGAGAUCAUCUUUACGGAGGAGGAUUUCAGCCCCGAGGAAGGAACCUUCGUGUUGAAAGUGGGCAGAGGAAUCAAGUAUGAAUUCCCAGUCGGGAAUGAUGAAACAGUUCUGUAUAAAUUCGAUGGCCCUGUCUCGGAAAAUACAUCGGUGUACGUGGAAAAUGAUGAUGCCUGGAUUCAUUUAACCACCAGCAGAGCCACCAGGCCCUUCAAAAUCUUCUACUUCGUCAUAGAUGCCAGUUUGCUGACCCAGGAGUUUCAUGUGACCGGGCUCAACGGCACGAUCGAAUAUAGAGAAGAAGAUCCGGUAAUCCAGAUGCCGAAACGAUACGUCUGGCAUCUAUCGGGACCUCCAGGGACGGGAUGGGACUUCCAACUUCAAUACCUGAUUCUAAAUGGCGGCCAGAAUGAAUUCCUCUACAUCGGCGGCGGGCGGGAGGUGCUAUCAGGUCGAAGCGGGAUGAUUUUAAGCAACAAGGAGAUGCAGAACAAAAGAAGCAUUCGUGUGGCAACCAAUGACGCCGUCGUCUACAUGGUCAUUCCCGUCCGCACAACUGAAUGGACAGGCGGUUUCUCUCUCCUCUUUACCCGAUACGGUUCGCUCUCCUUGUCUCUCACUUGCGUCACUCGA